AUGAAAAAAAAUAGGAGAUCAUUCUGUAAACGAUUUUUGCAAGCUAAAGUUGAGAAAAUUACUGCUCCUUGAAAAGUUAGGUUUUGGACAUCAGCUGAAUUCCUGGAAGAGUAGAAGGCGAGAAUACGACAUGGCACAGUCGGCAGGAAAGUAUGUACGUGCUCCGAGCAUGGAGGAAGAAGAAAUUUCAUCGGCAGAGUUGUUGAAUCAGCUGGCAGUAGAGCGUUCAAUGAGAGCGUCUCUGGCAAGUGAACUGGAACAGUCUCGUAAGGAAAUCGAAGAAUUACGAGCUAGUCGUUCAGGGAGAGAUACAUCAAGUUGUCCAGAUAACCACAAUAUGGAUUUUGAACUCCGAGCAGGAUGCAGCAGCACUCGGCACAUGGGGUUUUCGGCCAAUACAAACCACAGUUUUGAGGAAUCUCGAUUUUUGUGCUCCAUGAACCAGUUAUCAGUGGCAUCGAUCAAUCUCCCGGAGUGCAGAGCAACUGACGGCGAACAAAUACAUCGGCAAACUUUCGAGCAGUGGAAAGAUUUGCUGGUCGAUUCACUGAAACUGGCGGGCAUUGAAGACGAAACUACGAUGUAUACGGUUUUCAAGGUCAAGGCCGGACCUCGUUUGUUGGAAAUUUUUAGGAAUACAAGUUCUGAUGUUGGCGCACCGAAUCCGGAUUCUGAACCAUUCUCUAAUGCAUUGCAUCGCCUGAAGUCGUACUUUGGCUCUGGGUCGGAUAUCAUGCUUUUGAGGCGCCGACUGGCGCUGAUGGUGCAGAAACAUGAUGAAUCUGACUUGAACUUCAUCGCAAGAGUUGGAUCAACAGCACGCUUAUGUCAAUUCGAAGAAGAUAAGGAGUUCGAAGAAGUAGUUGCCACAGUUGCCGAACACGCCAGAAGUCGAGAAGUAAGGACAACUGCUUUAAAAAUGCUCAGCCGUAAGGGUAGUUUUACUGAAUUGGUCGAUAAGGUACGUGAACUAGAGGCAAUACAACUGAACGAAGAGUAUGUAAUGCAAAAACACGGAAAACGUUCUGAUCAACCAGCUUUGAUUGCUCCAGUGAGAUCCUGGGAGUCAAAUCGCUCUACUCGCGGAAACAAGACAAAUCGUGGAUAUCCGUCUCGGCGAGGCGGUUGGUAUACUCCUAGAGGCAGACAGGCUUCGUCAGGCGUUCAGAAUCAACCACAGGGUAGAGAAAGGUGUUGGCGUUGCUUCAGCGUUUACCAUUCGGCGAACAUUUGCACAGCGAAAGAUAAAGUAUGCAACAGGUGUGGAUCUAUUGGUCACAUCCGGCGGGCAUGUGUGUUCGGAGGACCUAAACGCACGGCUCAAGAAAUGGAAACGACUCCAGCCAAGAUUGCGGCAGUUGAGAAAGUUGAGGAGGUCAAGGUCGAUGAAGGCAUGGAAACGAAUCACAAUCAGGAGUUGGUUUGGACCAGUCCUCAUCUCCAACACGCGACUAGGUUUGAUGUGGUUCAAUCAGAUCAGGUAUCAGUCUCAUCCGAUCUGCCAGAGACAGGCGAGUCGCUUCUUGCUGGGUCAUCUGAAUUCAAUAUCGUGAAAUCUGAAACGACUUGUGAUGAGUUUAAUGCUAAAAGUAUUAGAUUUCUUAACCGACCAUCCCGAAAUCCUGUUACACCAGCAUCGGAAACGUUGAAUGAAACAUCAGAGGAAGGAAUAAUAUUUGCAGUGGUGGCUGGAUUACGUUGUCCGUUCUUGAUAGAUUCUGGAGCGGCGGUCAAUACAUUCACCGAGGACUCAUUCCGAAAGUUGAUGUCAGACCCUAUGCACAGCAGUCAAGUAUUCGAUGUUAACAGCCAGUCGGACAAGCCACUGAAAGCGUAUGCAUCAGUAGGAAACAUUGAAGUAAUUGCAACAUUUCAUGCAUAUCUUGUCAUCACAAAUGAUAGACCGGUCCUCCUGGAAAAAUUUUAUGUAGUGAAAGAAAUGCGUGCACUUUUAGGAAGAACAACGGCUUCGCGGUACAGUAUACUUAUGCUUGGACUAAAGGUUCCAGUACAUUCCAAUCGAAUUGAAGGUCAACAGUCGGUAAUUGGACAAGUCGCAGUGAUCUCUGCAGACAAAAUUUUUCCCAAAUUCAAUGUACCACCUGUGAGGAUCUACUACGAUAAGUCAAAACCGCCAUGCAGAAAUAUUUUUCUCAACAUCCCGUUAGCUGUGAAGCCUCUAGUUGAGAAACGCAUCAGAGAACUGAUAGAGUCGAAUAUCAUUGAACCGGUAGUGGAUGGUAUGGACACUUCAUUUUGUUCCUCUAUGUUGGUGGUUCCGAAAGGAAAGGAGGAUAUCAGACUGGUAAUUGAUUUGCGUGGACCCAAUCGGUAUGUACAUAGGACACCGUUUUCAAUGCCAACUCUGGAACAAAUUCUCGCUGAACUAGAUGGAGCUACCUGGUUCUCUACCAUCGACAUUUCCAAUGCGUUCUUCCACAUAGAGCUGCAUGAAGAUUCCAGACACUUAACGAACUUCUUUACUGAGUUCGGGAUGUAUCGAUUCGUGCGGCUACCAUUCGGGCUCUGUAAUGCUCCUGAUUUGUUUCAGGAAACUUUACAACGAAAAAUACUCGGAGGAUGUAAAGGGUGUAAGAAUUAUCAGGACGACGUAUUAGUGUUCGGGUCAACAAAACAAGAACAUGAUCAGAACUUGGAGGCAGUUUUGGCAUGCUUGGCCAACCACAAUGUUAAGCUCAACGAACGCAAAGCUUCUAAAACUGAGCGGUUGCGAGCAUUGGCAUCUUCGGAAACAUUUUACUGGACUGACAGCGAAGAUCGAGAGUUCUCUAACCUUAAAGAAGAAGCCCUGAAGAGGAUUAGGCGUCUAGGAUAUUUCAACCUGGCAGACCGCAUCGAGCUGUUUGUAGACGCUUCCCCUACGGGUCUUGGUGCGGUGUUAGCGCAAUAUGACAAAGAUGAACGUCCUCGAAUCAUCGCGUGUGCGUCCAAGGUUCUUUCUGCUACCGAGAAACGCUAUCCUCAAACACAGAAGGAGGCUCUGGCUGUCGUGUGGGGCGUAGAGCGAUUCAGUUACUACCUGCUAUGCACAUCAUUUGUUAUCCGAACGGAUGCAGAAGCCAACCAGUAUAUAUUUAACACGAAUCACCGGUUGGGUAGAAGAGCGAUAACACGCGCUGAAGGAUGGGCCUUGCGACUGCAGCCUUACGACUUUACCGUUGAACGUAUUCCCGGCAACGAAAAUGUAGCGGACGCUUUAUCCAGGUUGGUACCUGAGACGCAAGAAACCAAACCGUUUGACGAGGAUGAAGAGAAGCAUUUCUUGUAUUCGUUGGAUUCGGGGUGUAUGGAGCUUACAUGGACCGAAAUUGAAAGUAAGUCAGAAGAUGAUACAGAACUGAUGUUAGUACGAGAGGCGCUUAAGGGAAAGAAAUGGGUCGCUGAGAUCAAAGCUUACGAAGGUCAGAAGAAAAAGCUACACUGUCUAGGGUUCUUGGUGUUCAAGGAUGAGCGGGCAAUCUUGCCUCAAUCGCUCCGCCAAAAAGCCCUCGAGUCAGCUCACGGGGGACACGUAGGAGUAGUAGCCAUGAAACGCAUAAUGCGUCAAUUUUUUUGGUGGCCUAAAAUGUCGGCUGAAAUAUCUAAAUUUGUUAAAGGUUGUGAAACAUGCACGCUUCUUUCAAAACGUAAUCCUCCUGUUCCAAUCACAUCAAGGGAUUUACCUGAUGGACCAUGGGAGAUCCUACAAAUUGAUUUCUUGUCGGCUCCUCAAUUUGGUUCAGGAGAAUUUCUCGUUGUUAUUGACACAUAUUCCAGAUAUCUUCACGUUGUCGAGAUGAAGUCAAUGGAUGCGGAGAGCACAAAUGUAUCCUUGUGCAGAGUUUUUCAGACAUGGGGGCUUCCCGUAAUAAUGCAAACAGACAAUGGGCCACCCUUCCAAAGUGCAGCAUUUGUCGAGUUCUGGAAGGAUAAAGGGAUUGACGUUAGGAAGUCCAUACCAUUAAGUCCACAAUCCAACGGUUCCGUCGAGAGGCAGAAUCAGGGGAUCUUGAAAGCAUUAUCGGCUUCCAAAUUGGACGGUCGAAAUUGGCGCAAUGCUCUGCAGGAAUAUGUCUACCGUCACAAUACAUUGGUUCCUCAUUCACGACUUGCGGUUACACCAUUUGAGCUGAUGGUAGGCUGGAAGCAUCGCGGCACAUUCCCCAGUCUGUGGAGUAACUCCCUGAACGCAGAACUGGACCGAGAGGAAGUGGCGGAUAGGGAUGCAGAUUCCAAACAUUCGAGUAAGCUGUAUGCAGAUAAAAUGAGAGGUGCAAAGAGUCCGUCAUAG